UUUAUAUACUACUUGAGAUUUUAAGUCAUAAUUAAGUCAUGCUUAGCAGACUUAACUAUAGAUCAUUGGGUAUUUCGACUAUGUUGCCCACAAGAUUAUCCUAUUUAUUUCGGAAAGUUUCAUCUACAGUGAAAAGUCAACCAGAGCCAAUUAAGUUUGAUCCUGUUUUUACAUUUCCUUUUGUAAAAUAUAUUGCUUUAGUUAGUAGGCUCAAAGUAUAUCACUUAUAUGGAUCGUGUAUUGUAAUACCUAGCAGUGGUUUACUGGAACUUUUGAAUUUUGCCUCUGAAAAUACAUUUUUUAUUGCUUCAUAUAUCGGUAUCACAGGUGGCGCAGUGUUAUCAUUAUGUACACUCCCUUUUAAAAAUAUAAUUGGCCAGCUAUAUUUAAGUCAGGAUAAUAAAUUUGUCAAAAUAUCUUCAGUGGGAUUUUCAGGACAGAGAAUAGAUAGAAUUGUGGAUGUAAAUGACUGGAUACCAAUAUUAGAUUUAAAACCAAGAACAAUGGAUGCUAUAUAUCUUAGACCUGAACUUACUGAUGGGUCUAAGUACAAAUUAUUUGUGAAGUUUGGCAUUGUUAGAGAUUCAAAGAGAAUGGGUCAAGUACUGGAGUAAAGAAACAGCCUGUAAAUGUCCCACUGCUGGGCUAAGGCCUCUUCUUCUUCUGAGGCUUUGGAGUUUAUUCCACUACACCGCUUCUAUGGGCGUUGGUGGGUCUUGAAGUACUUAUACUAUAUAAAAUAUUUAAGUCUGUAAAUAGUUAUCGAAGAAAUAUAUAAUAAAAAAACUGAAAAUA